GAACAUCAUGCACGCCCUCUCCCUCGUCGCCGCGUCGCUCUCGCUCGCUUCGGCGCUCCAGAUCGAGCCCACGCCCGCGGUGAAGCCGCUCCUCAAGCUCCGCGGAGGUCUCGGCGGCAUCGACGCCGGCCAAGUCGCGACAAUCGUGCAGGGCAUCAGCGCCGCCAACGCCGGCGUCAUGUCGCUCGCGCCCAAGAAGGCCGGCGAGAUGUACGGCGUCGCGCUGACCAAGUGGACCGAAUUCUUUGCUCAGUGGUCUGGCAUCAUCAUGUUUGGCCAGGUCCUCACGGCGUACCUCCACGCCGGCGGCAUGGCCCUCCCCGAGGCGCUCGCGUGGGGCUUCCUCCCGUCGUGCGUCGCGUCGGUCCAGGACUUCCUGAACGACCGCAUGGUCGGCGAGAUGGGGAUGGGCGAGGCGGCCAAGUACGCCCCGCCGCUGGUCAACCUCGCGCUCACGCUCGGCGCCUUUGGCAAGGUGCCGAACCUUGCGCCCGAGCUGGCGGCCAAGGCGGCGGCCGUGUGGAUGGCCGCCAACGGCCUCUUCGGCUACUUCUCGACGGCCGCCUGGCUCGAGGGCAGGGGCGGCAAGGGACUCAGCGCGGUCGAGUCGGGGAUGGGCAAGCUCAUGGCGUCGACGAUGUGCGGCGGCGCUGUCUACAUCGCGGCGAGCGCCUUCGGGGGCAAGACGGCCCUCGAGUGCUUCGGCGCCAUGAUGGGCAUGUACGCCGUCACCUCACUCGACGGGCUCUACCUCUCCAAGACCACGGAGGCGAUGGGCGUCGACCCGCCCAAGGUGCUCUUCUGGGCCGCCAUCCAGGCGUUCACCGCGGCGGCCGUCUUCCUCUGAGGCCACCCGCGCGCCACGCCCUCAGUUUUCCUCAAAGGAGAAAUGGGGGAGGCUGGCUAUCCCGCAAAUCUGAGCCUCUCUGCUUGCUGAGGCACCGACAAGCUCGGGCCGCACGGUCUCGUCGGCCGGUGCAAUUGCAGUCGCGGCGGCUGUGUCUUGCUUAGAGUGGCCGUUACCGUAGCAUGGGGGAGCGCAUGAUCGUCGGUGUCUCGGUCGUCUUCGACCAAGAAGUGAGUGCGCCGUUAUCUGUGCGAACCCCGCUGGGCAUGUGUGUUCAGCAUGACUUCGAACAGCAUGCUCCGCGAGACUGAGUACAGUGCAUAUGUGUACACGUCUUGCGUGACAACUCGCACAACACAGGUACACCGAGGAAAAGAGUUUGUCUAUGAUGGAACAAUGCGUUCGAUCAUC